GACACUUGGAAACCUGCUAUACAAGAUCCAGUCAGAGUUGUGGUUCUGGGUUGAGAUGUUUCUCAACACAGUGCUGGUGGUCCUGACAGACCUGGCAGCCCAGCUCUUGGGUCACACCAUGUUCCGGCAGCACUUCCACCUGUUGCUGUCUGCAGUGGUGAUGUUCGGUCCUGCUCUCAACCUCUGGGUCUCCCGCCACAGUAUCUUUGCCAAGAGAAGCCACUUCCUCUACAGGAUGUUCCUGCACUCUGGUUGGGGCUGGACCUGCAUCUUUGUUGGCAGCUUUGUUUUCCUCCUCUCCUUUACCAUCCGUCGUUCCUUCGCUCUCUCUGUCCGUCACCUCUCCAGGCUCGGAGUGGCUAGUGUACUAUGGCUUGUUUUCUGCAAACUCCUGGACCUUCUGGUCAAUGCCACAGGAAGCUGUUAUGAACCCUUAUUCACUGAACCAGAGGUAACCAACGGCCAGCCCCUGUUGGUGUUAAGAGAAGGCGAGAGCAAGUCUGAAUGCCUAAAAGCUGGGAUGUUGUGGAGAGGUUAUGAAGUUUCACAGGAUGUUUUCCUACUCUGUCUUUGUUGCCUGCUAUUGGCAGAGGAAACAGCCGUGUUUGGUCCUUACCUGAGUUUGGGAGGGAUCUCAGAUGCUCCUCUAAGGAUCCUCUUCCUGUUAUGUGUUCUUCUACUCGGGCUCUGGAUCUUUCUGCUGCUCUGUCUCUUAGCUUAUUUCCCUCAGUUCCCCACCCAGCUACUAGGAGGUGCCCUAGGCUGUCUGAGCUGGAGGGGACUGUAUGAGGGGUGGUACCGCCUGGGGCCCAGCUGGUACUGCCCCGGGAGGCCUGGGCUGGGACUGCUUAAGACAAAAUCCAGUAGUACUGAAGCUGAUGACGCACAACUGAGUCACAACCACUGUAAUUAA